AUGGAGAAGUUUCUGAGAGACUGGCGGCAGGACGCGUUGAACAAGCAUCAGUACGAGUCGGCCAUCUUCAUCGGCGACAAGCUACUGGCUUUGACCAACAGUGACAAGGAUGCCUUCUGGCUUGCCCAGGUGCACUUCUCCACCGGCGCCUACACGCGAGCGCAAACGUACCUAAAGCGAGACGGCCUAGUCGAGAACAACCCGGCGUGCAAGUACCUCCUGGCGCACUGCCAUGUCAAGCAGGGCAAUUUCGACCAGGCCUUGGUUGUGCUUGGUGACAAGAAUCCAGUCUACCUGAUCGCGGCGCCUGGCAGCGCGCGGCAGAAGCUCAGGCAUGUUGACGGAAGGGCCACCAACGGCGUCUCGAAGAAGCUUGCGCACCGCAGUGAUAGAGUUGACAGGAGUGAGGACCGGGAGCGUGAAGACAUCAACAACAUCCGCUUCGAGGCCGCCAUGUGCUAUCUGCGAGGGGUGUGCUAUGCCAAACAGAACGCCUUCGACCGGGCGAAGGAGUGCUACAAGGACGCCGUUCGCAUUGACGUGCAGUGCUUCGAAGCCUUCGACCAGCUGAUGAAGAACUCACUCAUGACCCCGGACGAAGAGUGGUCCUUCCUCGCCUCCUUAGACUUCGACACCAUCACCGUCUCCUCAGACUCGCCCUCGGCUAGCCAAGAAGCCGCGCAGUUCACAAAGAUGCUCUACACGACCCGUCUCUCCAAGUACAGCCACCCCAAAGAGCUCGCCACCGCGACCGAAACUCUCAGCACGCACUACAACCUCUCCGCCAACCCCGACAUCCUCCUCUCACGCGCUGAAUCCCUCUUCACGACCUGCCGCUUCCGCGACGCCCUCGCCCUGACAACCACAAUCCUACAGACCUCCCCCGACAACCUGGCCCCCCUCCCCAUCCACCUCGCCUGCCUGCACGAGCUGAACGAGAAGAAUGCCCUCUUCCUGCUCUCCCACUCCCUCGCCCAAUCCCACCCCGACUCCCCCGUCGCCUGGCUCGCCGUGGGGGUCUACUACCUAACCAUCAACCGCAUCGCCGAAGCACGGCGCUUCUUCAGUAAAUCCAGCAUGAUGGACCCGCACUUCGGCCCCGCCUGGAUCGGCUUCGCGCACACCUUCGCCGCAGAAGGCGAGCACGACCAGGCCAUCUCCGCCUACUCGACCGCGGCAAGGCUGUUCAGCGGCUCGCAUCUCCCGUCGCUGUUCCUGGGGAUGCAGAACUUGCAGCUGCAUAACAUAGCCCUUGCGCACGAGUAUCUGGGCGCAGCAUACGCUAUGUGUCGGACCGAUCCGCUGCUGCUGAACGAGCUGGCCACAGUCUUCUACCACGAAGACCACCUCGACGAGUCGAUACGGCUGUUCGCGCACGCGCUCGAGCUUGCUGCUUCGCUGGGCGCGGAGCCCGCCGCGACGGUCGCGACGCGCACGAACCUGGGCCAUGCGCUCAGACGUGCGGGCCGCUUCGAGGAGGCCCUCGCGCAGUUCGAGGACGUGUUGCGCACGACGGCGAACAAGGACCCCGCUGUCUGCACGGCGAAGGGGCUCGUGCUGCUCGAGAUGGGCGAGGCGUGGUUGGCGGUUGUGGCAUUCCAUGAGGCGCUGGCGGGCGCGCCGCAGGACCCGAUCGCGACGGAGUUGUUGGGGAAGGCGUUGGAGGUGCUCGAGGGCGUUAGUGUGAUGGGCGAGGAGGAGGAAGAGGAGUUUGAGAGGAGGUUGGAGGGGAGUAGGGUGGAGGUUAUGAGGAGGCAGGCGGGGAGGCAGAGGAGGGGACAGAGGAGGAGGUAUGUUUCUGAUGGCGCGGGCGCGGGGCAUGGCGAGGGUGGGGGGAGAAUGGGGAUGGGGGAGGAGAGCAUGUUGGUUGAUUCGGAAGAGGAUGAGGAUGAGGAGGAGUGA